CCAUGGACCCCCGUCGGCUCACCUGGACUCUGGUGCUGCUGGGCCCGGCCCUGGCGCUCGCCCUAGGCCCUGCCCCCGCCCAGGAGACGCCGGAGAAGCUGUGUGGCCACCACUUCGUGCGCGCGCUGGUGCGGCUGUGCGGGGGCCCGCGCUGGUCCCCCGAGGAGGGGCGACCUGUGGCUGGCGGCGACCGUGAGCUGCUACGGUGGCUGGAAGGACAACAUUUCCUCCAUGGGCUGAUGGCCAGUGAGGACCCCGUGCUGGUACUCGCCCCAGAGCCCCUGCGCCAGGCCUCUGGCCAUCACCACCACCACCGCCGCCGCCGGGCAGCUGCCAUCAACCCUGCCCGUCACUGCUGCCUCAGUGGUUGCACCCGGCAAGACCUGCUGACCCUCUGUCCCCACUGAACCCUCCCGGAGUGUGGCAUGGGGGAGCCUGAGACUCACAGGCGUCUGCUCUGGUGAGCUCCUGGUGCCACACAGCACCAUGAAGCCACACAUCCGGGGGACAUUGUUGAUUACCUCCUAGAACAAGGAGCUCACCACCUCACCCAGGCCACCUGUCAGCCAACUGGGGAAAACACCAGACCCCAAACCUGGCUUGGAGGACACCUGUUCUCAAAUGUUCUCACCUCAGAGGAGCCCUAGGUGCCUCGCUCCCUGCAUUUGACACCCCUCUUGUUGUCUCCUCAAUAGUAAAUAAAUAAGAUGCCUGCAAAA